AUGGACUUCCCUAACCAACCUCCGUCGACCUCGGGCUUCAGAGCUCCACCUGCUGUUCAAAACGCUGCCAGCACUGCGUUCAGAAUAUCAUCCCCUACUAGACUCAGCCCUGCCAUAUCUCACUCUCCCUGUUCUUCAACAGCAUCGUUUACAGUCACCGACGGAGUGAAAGUCUCGAGAAAACGCUCACCUGAUUCCAUACUGCGAGCUCACGACUUCGAUCUCCUCGUUCAUUCUGUAGGUCCCAAAUCGCCAAGUGCAACGGCAGAUAUACUAGAUCUUUACUCCGAGACCGCGUCCAACAUCAUGAAUGAACCGCAAAAUCUUCAAGGUCGUGACAGCCGGGGUGAGAUAGAAGACCUCUUGACAGGCCGGUGUCCGAGUACGCCGAGCAGACUGGAAGUGUGCAUGGGUGGUGGUUCAGGUGGGUAUCACCAACCACGCUAUGUCGAUACUGAUCCCGGCCUUUGGUGGCCAGAUGUUCCAAAUGCGUGCAGCAGCCGGGCGAGUCCUGCUUCCUACUUCGCUUCUUUUCAAACUGGAGGCGGUGACGCCGGCGGUGGCUAUGGCACCAGCAAUUGCGGCGCCGACGGUGCUCUGAAUUCCCCAUCGGCUCCCUUCUCGACGGGCAUACCAGCCGCCGAACCACAGCUAAGGGGAAGCUCUGCCGCAGGUGAUAUUGUAACUUCAACCGAGACUGGAAAGAACGACCGGAGCUGUCAGAAACAGGCGCAAUCACGCAGAAACAACAAUAAUGCCACAGGGGAACCUUCCACGAGCGGUGAUUCGAGGCCUGGCUUGACUCUUCAGCAGCCGCUGGCACCGGUUGGCAAAAGUCGUACGGAUAACAACGGUUUGGCAACUACGUCCUCGGUCGUGCCUUCCUCAUUUGGUUUGCAGAGGCUCUCCAAUUUGAAUCAGAACCACUACUACUGGCCAUCCUCCCGCCCAAACUUCUCGUCUCCCACUUCCUCUCCCGUACAAUAUCGCCACAACGGCACCAAUAAUCUCCCUAACUCUUCAUUUUCUGUUGCUGCUCCGGGCUCAGGCUUGCCAGGCUCCACGGUCUUUCAGCCCGUGAUCGAGCCAGGUAGGCAGUCUUCCGUAUCAACCACUGAGAUAUCAGGCAACCCUCCUGUGACUCUUUCCAAGCGCUGGGAGUCGCUUUCACGAAAUUCAGUUUCAAUUUUGCAGCCUGCCCAGCACCAUAACCUGCAGAACCAACAAAACGCUUUCUUCAACCAUCGCAACUCAACCAGAGCAGCUCAUCGCAAACAUCACCACCCCGUCACUGAAGCGACAUCAAACAAUACGAUGUCAUCCGCGGGUGCUUCGAGCGCACACAUGGCGCAAACUUCUCUGUCACAGUCAUCGCCCAUUUCGACUGCUCGGACCAGUGGUGGGCUUUCUGAUGACGAAGCCCCGAACACUGCGAACGAGUAUGAUGAUGGCGAGAACUACUUUGCCUACUGCUUUGAUCGAGGCAACGGACGCUAUACACGCCUAAUCCCCGCCGAUGUGCUCCCUCCGCUGAUGGAUAUCCCUUCGGUGGAGCACAGCUGCGCCGGAAUGCGGGUGUUGCCAGUUCCGCGAAACCUUGCGCCAACCGGCCGAUCUAUCAACAUGCAGCCUGUUGAUUUUGCUACGUCGCGCAUCGACAACAUCGUCGCCACGCAGCCUCAACCCAUGCCUCCGACGACCCCAAAGCGCCUCAAGAUAUACUGCGACAAAUGGGUUCAUGAGGGUGUCUGUGCAUUCACCCAGCAGGGAUGCAAGUAUAAGCACGAGAUGCCGUUUGACCGUGAGACGCAGAAGUCCCUUGGACUGUUUCAUGGCCUUCCUUCAUGGUGGCGGAAACAUCACAGCGAGCUGCAACGCCAGAUCGAAGCCAGCGACGCUUCUCCUACUGACCAACAAGCUCUAGUUGUGGGCAGCCGCUCCCUCAACGCCUCUGGCGAGGAGCCCAUUUACCUUGGAGGUGGCGUAGAUGGGUAUGGUGGCCAUGUUCAGACUCCCCUAGCCGGCCGCCGACAGCACCAUUCCACUGACCUUUCUUGGAGGCGGCAAGAGGCUCAUUCAAUGGCCUCGACGGUUGAGAUGACUUCGCCCCCUACCCCUCCGUCAUCGGGUUCCCGAGCCAACAAGACAUUUACCAUGCCUGAGCAUACAGAUUCCUCCGCUUCCCAUGGCAGGCGACGAUUUUCGAAUUCUGGACGUGGUGGAGUUAUGUCUGGCUUCGGUGGACAUGUCACACCGUACGUGACGGCAGGUCAUGGGCUGCCUGUGGGACGUGGAGGCGACAGAUCAGCUGGCUGGGGUGCUGUUGGGACUCCUGUCCCGACUGGAUUCCAACUUCCCGCUGGCUCGGCUGCCCGCUCUGGACCACAGAAUCGCCCUGAGCGAAGAGGAAGCAACAAGUUCGCCUCCAUGAACAUGUUUGAUCAGCUCUCGCUCGAAAAUCCGCCAGAUUCCCCCGAUGAUGCGGAUGACAACGGCGAGGGCGCCCAGCUAGCUUAG